GAGCUACUGCAGUCUGCAGGUCGAUCUGCACCUCAUGACGUGUAUAUAUGGAGAGAAUCAGAGAUUCAGAGGAGUUCAUUUCCUAUGGGAACACUAUAGCUUACGCAAGAGCUUAGACUGAGGCACUGAGCACUAGUAGCUAGAAGAGCGAGCCGGACAUACUGGCAGCCUGGCAUUAUACGCAAUGCCGCCGGCGACAAGCACGCGCCCGCCGUUUCGUCGCCCGGUACCAUUGCUGACGGUGGUCGUUUCCGUGGCGCUCCUGUCACUCGUGUGCUUUCUUGUAGCUGCUGAUGCAAGCAGAUCGCUGCACUACCACUACCACCUCCGGAAGCACCGGAGGCACCACGGGCACCACCGCGCGGAGAACUACAGCCACAUCUCCCUGCCCCCUGCCGCGCCGCCUCCUGGCGCUGAUGGCGAUUCUCCGGCCGGACCGGUGGGUCUGCCUCCGGACGUUGGCGGCGCGCUGCCGCCGAGCUCCUGCAGUGACAAGCCGUGCCCGCUUUCGCCUAGUCCUUCCAGGGCACCGGCAGGCGCGCCAUGUUCGACGCCCGGUUCGGCCAAGCCUCCGGCUUUAACCUUGGCCACUCCGCCGUCGCCCGCGCCAGCCACUCCACCAUCUCAUUCUCCUCCGAAUCCACCGUCGUCGCACCAACCGUUUCAGCGGCCCACACUUCCUCUUGCCAAGGCGCCGCCGUCGUCCAAGCCACCGUCGCCGGACAUCGCACCAUUUCAUCCUCACGCCAAGCCGCCGCGCGCGCUUCCAGACGCCAAGUCGCCGUCACAGCCACCAAAAAGGGCGCCAGCACCAUCGCCGUUGUCUCCUUCGAAGCCGCGCAAACCGCCAUCGUGCACUUUGGCUACGCCACCACAGGCCCAGACAUCGAGACUCGCCCCUGCCAGUGCCAAGCCACCAAUGCGAUCACCAGCCCAUCCACCGAAGCUCUCCCCGGCAAGCCCACUGGCGCACCCACCGGUCGAGCCGCCAAAGUCAGCUCUUGCCAAGCCGCCUGGUUUCUCUUUCUCCCAUACUACCAAGCCACAGCCACCAGUGGCUUCGAUGGUGAAGCCACCACGACUCGCCCCGGCCAAGCCUCCAGCGCCGUCGCCGUUGCCUGCAGCCCAGCCACCGCGGUGCUCCACGGCAAAUCCGCCAGUAGCUCCUACGGCGUCAGCGAAGCCACCGGCGUACCCUCCUGCUGCUGCGUCAAAGCCAAUUCCGCCGCCGCCGCUCCCACCGGCAGCCAACAACAGCUCAUCAGCCUGGGGCAACGUGUUCGACGUGAGGGCGUUCGGGGCGUCGGGCAGCGGCUCAGGCAACGACACGCGCGCGUUGCGCGCUGCGUGGAAGGCGGCGUGCUCGUCCAACUCCACCACGCCCACGCUGCUGGUGCCGUCGGACGGCGUGUUCACCAUCAGCUCCACCAUCUUCGCCGGGCCGUGCAAGUCCGCUGUGACCUUCCAAAUCGACGGCGUGCUGAUGCCGCCAGACGGGCCGGCGAGCUGGCCGGCGUCCGACAGCCGGAAACAGUGGAUAGUCUUCUACAAGGCCAACGGCAUGACGCUGGCAGGGGAAGGCACCAUCGAAGGCAACGGGGAGGAGUGGUGGGACCUCCCGUGCAAGCCUCACAGGGGCCCCAACGGAUCAACGCUGCCCGGGCCUUGCGACAGCCCUGCACUGGUACGAUUCUUCUUGAGCAACGACGUGACGGUGCGCGGCCUGCGGAUCGAGAACAGCCCGCAGUUCCACCUCAAGUUCGACGACUGCGAGAGGGUGCGCGUGGAUGGCCUCUUCGUCCGCUCGCCGGCGUUCAGCCCCAACACGGACGGCGUCCACGUCGAGAACACCACGUCCGUCCAGAUCCUCAACUCCAGGAUCUACAACGGCGACGACUGUGUCUCCAUCGGCGCCGGCUGCUCCGACGUCCGCAUCGAGAACAUAACAUGCGGCCACGGCCAUGGCAUAAGCAUCGGCAGCCUGGGCGUGCACGGCACGCGCGCCUGCGUGUCCAACAUCACGGUCCGGAACGCGCGGAUCCUCGACUCCGACAACGGCGUCCGGAUCAAGACCUGGCAGGGAGGCACAGGCGCCGUGACGGCGGUCGAGUUCGCCGGCGUGCAGAUGCAGAACGUGAAGAACUGCAUCCUCAUCGACCAGUACUACUGCCUCGGGAGCGGGUGCGCCAACCUGUCCUCCGCGGUGCGCGUCGCCGGGGUCACGUAUCGGGACAUCCGCGGCACGUACAAUCCGCAGGCCAGCGCGCCCAUCCGCCUCGCGUGCAGCGACGCCGUCGCCUGCACGGACAUCACCAUGUCCGGCGUCGAGCUGUUGCCGGCCAGCGGAGGAGGCGCACGAGCGCUGCUUGCGGACCCCUACUGCUGGAACGCGUACGGAGUCAUGGAGACGCUCACGCUGCCUCCUGUGUACUGCUUGCAGGAAGGCCGACCGGAGUCGCUGCAAGAUCAGCUCACCAGUUGCUGAGAUGACACUGUUUUCUUUUAUCUAACCAAAAACAAAUAUAUUGCCGAUGACAGUACAACGGUAAAAAUUGUUACAAAAGUUUCACAUGUGAUCAAUCCCAACCGGUGUGACAGUUAUUGCCUAUGGGUCGCACCCUUUGGGGACCCUGUGUACUGUACUAUAUAUAUAACUAUCUCUGCAAUAAAGAAACUGUCUCAGUCAUUUGUCUCUC